AGAGAAAGAAGCGGAGAGUCAUUGGUUUCACAGAGAAAGGCCGGAGUUCUAGUUACGCGGAGAAAAGGUGAUUUUUACUGGACUCAAUCUUCGCACACGCAACGGAACACGACCCCACUCUUUAAACAUGAGUUACGGCAGACCUCCGCCGGACAUCAACGGCAUGACCUCCCUGAAAGUGGACAACUUGACGUACAGAACUUCCCCAGAAACGCUGCGGCGCGUCUUCGAGAAGUACGGCCGGGUCGGGGACGUCUACAUCCCCCGGGACCGCUACACCAAGGAGAGCCGCGGCUUCGCCUUCGUGCGCUUCCACGACAAGCGGGACGCGGAGGACGCCAUGGACGCCAUGGACGGCGCGCUGCUGGACGGACGGGAGCUGCGGGUGCAGAUGGCGCAGUACGGCCGGCCGCCAGACUCCCACGAGGGGGGCGGCAGCAAGGGGCCGGGCCGCCGGUACGGGGGCCGCAGCCGGAGCUACUCUUACAGCCCGAAACGCAGAAGACAUAGCAGAUCCCGCAGCCGGAGCCGCUCUCGUUCUCGAAGCCGGUCCAGGUCCCGAUCCAGGUCACGGUCCAGGUCCUAUUCCAGGUCAAAAUCCCGCUCUCCCAGAAGCAAGAAUACCAAGGCCCGUUCUCCCUCGAGAUCCAGAUCCAGGUCUCGUUCCAAGUCCAGGUCAAGAAGCAAAAGUCCUACCAGGCGCAGAUCCGACAGUCAGUCCAAAUCAGCAGAAGCGGAAAAUGGGAAGGCGACCCCGUAGAAGUCAGAAUAUCAACACAUGACGGUGUUGGCUGAAGACGUCAGAAGUCGGGUGUCGGGUUCGCAGCAGGGUCCAACUGUAAGAAGUGGUUGCGUCUUUUCAUGCUUCACUCUGUUCAUUUAAUUUAGCGCCAGAAAGACGGGUUGAUUUCACGCCUGUGCAGUGGUUUAAUUGCUUUUUUUUAAAAUGAUUUUUAGUCAAUUUCUUUAGAUGCUUUUUUGGCUUCACUAGGUAAAAUAAGUACUUUCUCUAUACGAGGGACACAUUUGUGGAGAUACUGCAGAUGUAAAGAUGAAUUUAUUCUGUUAACUGUUUUUUUUUUUUUUUCCUGUAACAAAAAACAUGAAAUACGUUUUAUUUGCAUAUUUCUUUGCUCACAUUUUUAAUGAAUCCCUCAGAGAACCAGUAAAAACAAAAAAACCUUGUUUAACUUAAUAAAUGGCUUCAGGACGCAGUGUCUGUGAGGCAGGAAAGCAGCCAAUUAAAAAUUCUGUGUUCAAUGUUUAUAGAGCAGAAUUUCUCUGGAUGUCAGCAGACCUCUGUUCUUUUCUUUUUAAUCAUGAUCAUUCUUGUUUGUUUUGUUGUUGUUAUUUUUCUGUGCACUAGAUGCAGUUGUGUAGCAGUUGAAUUUUGCUGGUUAAGUGUUAAGGUGGCGUGUUGCUCUGCAGAGCGUUUGGAUGUUUCCAGUAUUCUCCAAAUGCUGCUGUGACUACACCGGUGCGGCUGCUACGACCUCUUCCUUUGUACACGUAAAAAACAAAUGUUUCCCCUUAAAGUUCUGACUGGAAGUGUGACUUUGAUUAAAGAUUUUUGUUUUUGUUU